AAUAUUACAAUGAAGGCAACUUCUGCGUCGUGUGCGCUUUCAAUGUUUUUAUUCGUUUUUGUAUACUGAAAACUCAACCGAAUCUUUUAAAAUGACCAAGACAAUUUUAACAUGAUGUGAGAUUUAAUUAAAUAAUAAAACACAUUAAUCAGAUUAUUUUACGAGGAAAAUUAUGGUGGUCGUUUCAGGAAAGAGCUAUAUUGGAGAUGGAGGAACUAUGUUGGGGGCAAUGGCUGGCCUCGGAGUCAUUCUUCUCGUCUUUCUUUUAUACAUAAAGAACAAAGGAUUGUUGUGGUGGACACCUGCAAGAGGCAUCUCAUGUUGCGAAGAGGCCUGCCCCCCAAUUUCUUCACGACCUGUACCAUCACCUUCUGUGCCUAAUUCAAUAUCCAAUAUUUCCCCUAAAAGCAAACUGGCGAAAGCUUAUUCGUUCGAUGGUGGUGGAUCGAAUUCAGAGCCUGAAAUGUGUCAUUCGAACAAAAUCCGCCAGGGAUCGAUGGCUGUAGCAAUGAGCUCCACGGGACCCUAUUAUCCUCCUCGUCCAAAUCAAGAUCUGAUAUCACUAGUUGAAAAAGGAAAAGUUGGACUUAGUAGCAAUAGCUCCUGCUGCAGUUCUACAACCAGCUCUUUAGGAGAAAAACAUUUGAUAAUGGCUACAAAGAUCACAGCAGAAAUUAACGAUUCACUGCAAAAAACACCCACUAAUCUUCGAGAGACAAAAAUAGACAAUCAGGGAUUAGAGAUUCAAAUGGUCGACACUUCUGCACAAAUUGAUUCAAUGGACAAUAACACCAAUAGAGACUGUAUCGUGUUGAUGAGCCCCGAAGUAGAAGACCGGGGUGAGAUUUUAUCAUGCGAUGGUGGAUCGGGCUCCGAGCCAGAAUGUCAUGCGACGACGACAAGCAAGUGUGGCCACUUGGAAAUCGCCCUCCUGUACGACGCACCCAUGCGGAAAAUGUCGGUCCACGUGUUGCAAGCCAGAGAUUUUCCGAGCAGGGAUCGCGGUCAACCCACACACACGCAGGUGAGGUUGAUACUUCUUCCCAGCAAAAAACAAAAGCACAAAACCAAAAUACGAUCAGGUGAAAAUCCUCAGUACAUGGAGAGUUUUGUCCUUCACAGAGUUAAUCCAGAGGAUGUUAACUCCAUGGGUGUGAGACUGCGACUGUAUGGCUGUGAACGAAUGCGCCGAGAACGACUGAUAGGAGAAUCAGUUGUCAGCUUUGCCAACAUCAAUUUAGAACUAGAAAAUAAUUUCUGGUUAAAUUUGGAACCUCGGUCCAAUACAACAAUGUUGGGUGGUUGUACAAGCGACUUGUUAAGUUUAGCAAGAUCUGAUAGUACCAGCUCAGCACAUUCAAUGCAGCAUGGAGGAGUUCCCGAAUUACUACUUGGUUUAUGUUAUAACGCAACCACUGGAAGACUAAGCGUAGAAGUCAUUAAAGGAUCGCAUUUUAGUUAUCUUUUAAGAAAUUUGACCGUCAACAGGCCUCCUGAUACGUACGUGAAAUUACAUCUCGUCAGCAGUACUGGCCAGGAACUUGCCCAGAGUAAAACGACAGUUCGAAGAGGACAGCCAAAUCCAUUAUUCAAAGAAACAUUUGUUUUCCAGGUGGCUCUUUUCCAAUUAGCUGAUGUGACUUUAAUGGUAUCUGUGUACAACAGGAAGGGAGUAACAAAGAAGAAAGAAAUGGUUGGUUGGUUUAGUCUAGGUUUAAACUCGAGCGGCGCGGAAGAGUUAUCCCACUGGAUGGACAUGAAAGAAUUCCAGCAAGAACAAAUAUCACGGUGGCAUGUACUAGUUCAGUCAUAGCUGUUACACAUAUCAUUUAGAUUUUUUUAAUUGUUCAUAAUUUAUUAAAGUAAUACCGAUUGAACAACUUUGACUAUAUUUUCAUUGUCAAAAUUUGUCCGAAUUUGUUUUUUGAUUUCGAGGCUUCUAAAUUCUGUAUCAAAAUUGCACUAAAAUUAUGUUCGUAACAAGUUCAUUUGCCCGCAUGACUUAGGCAAGGCAUUUAUGAUAAAUUAUAUAAAUAAUAAGUUCUAUUAAUCAGUGACCAGUUAAAAUGAAAUUAUUUUCUGAUUUAUAUUUUUUGCCACUUACAUUUAAAAAUCUCCCAAAACUAUCAACUUUAGGUAGGCUUACUCAAUUAAAAGAAUAAAUAUUGUACUUUUAAAUGAUCAUUUAAUUAAAUUAUAAAAAAAGAAAAAAUGCGUCACCAAAAUUCGUGUAACAUCGAAAAACUAUGGCGCAGCAAAAAAUUGGUUUUGAACUCUCUUUUGCAGUAUACGUCAUUCAAAUUAAUAAUAACAAUGUAAUAAAUUAUGAUUAUAAUGGUUAUUUAUGAUUAUUAGAUUGGGAUUUAAGAAUGGG